AUUGGUAGCAUGAUAAUUAUUAACAUGGCCUCUUCACCAACCUUACUAGCUUUUCUUCUUCUUCUUCUUCUUCUCCGCCUUCACCGUUCCUCGCCACUCUCACUCUCCGUCGAAGACGUCAUAGUUUCGUCGCCCGAGGGAACCUUCACCGCAGGGUUCACCUCCGUUGGGGAAAAUGCCUAUUGCUUCGCCAUAUGGUUCUCUUCGCAACCUCCCAAAACCAUCGUUUGGAUGGCCAAUCGCGACCAGCCGGUCAACGGAAAGCGCUCCUCUCUUUCACUUCUUAAGACCGGCGACCUCGUGUUAACCGACGCCGCUCAGUUCAACGUCUGGUCCACCGGCACGCUCUCUCCGAAUCCGCUGGAGCUGCAUUUGUUCGAUACCGCCAACCUCGUGCUCCGGGAUCAGAGCAAUAGAACCUCUGUUCUGUGGCAGAGCUUUGAUUUUCCCACCGAUACGCUCCUUCCUGGCCAGAUUCUCACUAGGUUCACGAAGCUUGUUUCCUCAAGAAGCGAGGGCAACUAUUCCUCUGGUUUUUACAAGCUCUUCUUCGACAAUGACAACGUUUUCCGUCUUCUAUACGAGGGUCCUCAAGUUUCAAGCGUUUACUGGCCAGAUCCUUGGCUGGUUAGCAACAACGUUGGCAGUGGUAACGGUAGAUCCACGUACAAUAGUAGCAGAGUUGCAGUCUUAGAUGAAUAUGGUCAAUUUCGUGCUUCUGAUCAUUUCAGUUUCAAGACAAUUGACUAUGGGUUACUCCUCCAACGAAGAUUGACCCUUGAUCAUGAUGGCAAUGUUCGUGCCUAUAGCAGAAAAAAUGGCCAAGAAAAUUGGUCAAUAUCAGGGCAAUUUAAAUCACAACCUUGUUUCAUUCACGGGAUUUGUGGACCCAACAGUAUAUGCAGUUAUGAACCAGUAAGUGGUAGAAAGUGUGCGUGCCUUGAAGGGUAUAGUUGGAUUGAUAGUCAAGAUUGGACUCUAGGUUGCAAACCAAAUUUCCAACCAACUUGUGACAACAAGACAGAAUAUCGCUUCAUAUCCUAUGAUGAAGUAGAUUUCUAUGGUUAUGAUUAUGGUUCAUCCUUUGAAAAUUUCACCUAUAAACAAUGUGAGAGUUUGUGUUUGGAAUUGUGCGAGUGCAUGGGCUUUCAGUACACUUUUGCUGCAGAAAAUGGUCAUUUUUGGUGUUAUCCCAAGACACAAUUGCUAAAUGGACAUCGUUCACCCGGUUUCACGGGUCAAAUUUUCUUGCGUUUGCCGAAAACAAGUGCUCAAGAAGUAAACCACAUGCAAAACAAUGAUGGCUUGGUUUGUUCUAGAAAUGCUGAGAAGUUACUAGAGAGACCAUACGUGAAAGGCAAGGAAAAUGGGUCGGUGAAAUUCAUGCUUUGGUUUGCAGUUGGGUUGGGAGGGUUUGAGGUGGUGUGCAUCUUUAUGGUGUGGUGUCUCCUGUUUAGGAGUAGCAACCACUUGGUUAGUGCAGACCAACAAGGGUAUGUUCUUGCAGCAGCGACGGGGUUCAGAAGAUACACUUACUCUGAACUUAAACAAGCCACGAAAGGUUUCAGUGAAGAGAUUGGAAGGGGUGCUGGGGGAGUUGUGUACAAGGGUGUGUUAUCAGAUAACCGUGUUGCAGCAAUAAAGAAGCUACAUGAAUUUGCCGAUCAAGGAGAGAGUGAGUUUCUCACUGAAAUGAGUAUCAUUGCAAGGCUUAACCACAUGAACUUAAUUGGCAUGUGGGGGUAUUGUGUAGAAGGGAAACACAGGAUGUUGGUGUAUGAGUACAUGGAAAAUGGCUCUUUGGCUAAUAAUCUCCCUUCAAAUGCACUUGAUUGGAAUAAGAGGUACAACAUUGCUGUGGGAAUGGCAAAGGGUUUGGCCUACUUGCAUGAAGAGUGCUUGGAGUGGAUUUUGCAUUGUGACAUAAAGCCUCAAAACAUACUUCUUGACUCUGAUUACCAACCCAAGGUGGCAGAUUUUGGCUUGUCCAAGCCCUUGAAUAGGAACAACCUCAACAACUCAAGCUUCUCCAGGAUAAGAGGGACAAGGGGUUACAUGGCACCAGAAUGGGUUUUCAACUUGCAAAUCACUUCCAAAGUUGAUGUUUAUAGCUAUGGGAUUGUGGUGUUGGAGAUGAUAAGUGGGAGGAGUCCAAUGACAGGUGUACAAGUCACGGAGUUAGGAGCAGAGUCUCAUAAUGAGAGGUUGGCAACAUGGGUGAGGGAGAAGAGGAAGAAAGCAGCAGAAGGGGCUUGUUGGGUGGAACAAAUUGUUGACCCCACUUUGGGAUCAGAUUAUGACAUGAAGCAGAUGGAGAUAUUGGCAACAGUGGCUUUGGAAUGUGUUGAGGAAGAGAAAGACGUGAGACCUAGCAUGAGUCAAGUCGUUGAGAGGCUCCAAAGUCAUGACUCAUGAACAUGAUUCUUCAUGAUCUCUCAUGGCUAGCUAUGUCGCUUUCUGAUUGUCAUUUUCUGUUCCUCUUGACAUUUUAGGUUUUGAUAUGUAGCGCUUGUUUAUCUUGUUGCGCAUAUAGGUAGGAAAAAGAUGGUUGGAGUUAGGCAUCGAAAGGUAUAAAGAGAGAAGAGAUAAAUAAUGGUAUAAUUUAUAAUGUAACGUGAUGCGAAAAGAAGAAAGAUAAAGAUAAAUUACGAAUGUUAAUGUAGUUUUUAUGUGUGUUUCCUUGAUUAACAAUUUCAGCCUCGUC